CUUUGCUCCGACAGCCAAAAAAAUUCACCAACCACAUAUAUAUACAUUUUGCCUGGCGCCUAUCACCCGCUUGGCUCGAGUCUGCAAGCUGCCGCCUGCUGAAGUGCGACACACUGCUCUCCCGACACGCUCUCUGAGACACAAACCUUUUUGGAUCCGCGCGUGAGAAGGCGCUAUCAAGCUCACCACUCCAAGACGGCUGCGCGCACCUUACUCUUGUUAGCAGCCAUGGCUGAGGAGCUAAGGACCUCCUGCGCGUUGUACGCGUACAGCGCAGCAGCGCGCUCGUGCGCCGAGGGCGUCGCACCGCUGCGUGCCGAGGCGCCACGGGCAGCGGCUGGUGGCGAAUCACCUGGCAAGCCGGCCAAAAUCUUGCGGGACCGCGCGCCGUCCGCCGAGGCGGCCACCACCGAGGCGCCGGCCAAGAAGAAGCCCAAGCCGAGACUGACGCACUUCUUCGCGCUGCGCGUGGCGCCGGACGCGCUCCGUGAGACUGCCGGCGCCCUGCAGACGGCGCUCGUGGAGGCCGACAAGGAUCUUUCCAAGUGCGUGAUUUCACCGGAGAAGUUCCACGUCACGCUCGGAUUGCUCUCCCUGGGCGCGGGAGAUCCCGACGCGCGCCAGCGCGCCGAGGCCGCCCUCCUCGAAGCCGCGGCCGCACCGCCGCCGACGGUCGUCUUCCCCGGGCUCGACUCGUUCGGCGACCGAGUGCUCUUCGCGAAGGUCGAGGAUGCGUUGGGCGACGGGCGGCUCGCGGCCGUCGCCGCUGCGUCCAAGCGCGCGCUGGAGGCACACGGCUUCCCGAACCAGCCCGAUUUCGCGCCGCACAUGACGCUCGCGAAGACGAGCAAAGCGCGCACGCGCCGGCGGCUGAAGAUCCCCAAGGCGUCCUGGGCCGCGCUGGCCGACGCGCCCGCCGCAGGGACGCAGACCCUCGGCACGAUCGAAUUGCUUAGCAUGGUCGGCGACGACGGCAGCGGAGGCUACCCAGUCGUCGCGGCGGCGCCGCUCGGCGGCGGGGAGCUCGUGACGCCGUCUGACGGCGCCACCGUCGAGGUGUCUGCACCCCGCAGCAAACGCGCGCGGUGGAAGCGGAACACGCGGGCUCGCCGCGCCGCGGCCUCGGAGAAGACUGUUUAA